UUCCCAGAUAGUAACCUGGUUAUUUGAUAUGAUGUCAGGUCUCUCCUACCUACAGCCUGUUCUGCUUCACUUGCCAAUGUGUCGUAGAAGUGUCUUUUCUCUUUGCCACACUCUUCUUUACUUCCUUGUCCAGUGUUUUGUACGUCGUACUCAGUUCUUUUCCUUGUGCAUCCCUGCACUGCACUGGCUCAUCUUCUGCUUCACCAUCUUCCUCUCCUUUCUCUAUCAGCUCCCAUGUGUCCGUCGAGAUCCAUUCUUUGUCUUGUCUCCUCUUCCUUCCUAAUACAAUUAUGGAGGUUUCUUUCCACAUCCCUUUCAAAGAGUUCCAGUGUUCAUCCACGCAGGUCCCUUCAGGGAUGUUGCUCGAUAUCUCCCAUUUUCUUCUGAUGACUGACAUGAAGAUGUCCUUUGUAGUUUCGUGCUUCAGUUUCCGUUCUGGGCGUUGAACUUGAACUGUGGUCUAUC